GCUGAGGAAGGUGUGGCAGAAGAGGAAGUGCUCGGUGAAGAACGGUUUCCUGACCAUCUGCCACGGCACGUUUUUACAUGAAGAGUCAAACGGCCAAUCAGGACAGAGCAAGCAGCAGAGGAAGAGAAAGAGGAGGAGGAGGAGCGUGAGGCGAAGGAUGACAGAGAGAAGGGCCAACAGACCUCCAGCCAAACUCAACCUGCUCACCUGUCAGGUGAAGAGGAAUCCAGACGAGAAGAAGAGCUUCGACCUUUUCUCACACGACCGCACGUACCACUUCCAGACUGAGGAUGAAGCCGAGUGUCAGGUCUGGGUGUCGGUGCUGCAGAACAGUAAAGAGGAGGCGCUGAACAAGGCGUUUAAAGGCGACCAGGACGAAGGAGAGAACAACAUCGUGCAGGAGCUGACCAGAGCCAUCGUAGGAGAGGUGAAGAGGAUGAGCGGUAACGACGGCUGCUGCGACUGUGGAGCCGCCGGUCCCACCUGGCUGUCCACAAACCUCGGGGUGCUGAUCUGUAUCGAGUGCUCGGGGAUCCACAGGGAGAUGGGGGUCCACUACUCCAGGAUCCAGAGUCUGGACCUGGACGUCCUGGGGACGUCCGAGCUGCUGUUGGCGAAGAACGUGGGAAAUGCCAGCUUCAACGAGAUCAUGGAGGCGGAUCUGUCGGUUCAGGACGUCACCAAACCCAAUCCCUCCAGUGACAUGCAGAUGAGGAAGGAUUACAUCACGGCAAAGUACACAGAGAAACGUUUCGCGCGGCGGCUUUGUGCCGACGCUGCGUCCAGACUGCAGGUUCUGUACGAGGCCGUCAGGAACAGAGACAUCUUCUCUCUGAUCCAGGUCUACGCCGAGGGGGUGGAUCUGAUGGAGUCCAUCCCACAGCCCAACGAACACGAACCUGGAGAGACGGUGCUGCACCUGGCGGUCCGCAUGGUCGACAGGAACUCUCUCCACAUCGUCGACUUCCUCGCCCAAAACAGUGGUAACCUGGACAAGCAGACAGCCAAAGGAAGCACAGCGCUGCAUUACUGCUGUCUGACGGACAACAGCGAGUGUCUCAAACUGCUGCUGAGAGGAAAAGCUUCAGUGUCCAUCAGUGAGAACACAAACUACGAACAGAAGAUACUGAGAGCAGCCGCACACUGUCACUGAGUCACAGCGUUACACCGUCACACUGUCACUGAGUCACAGCGUCACUGAGUCACAGCGU